GAAGCUGCUGCAGAAAGUUUGGAGUAAAGCCGAAUCUGACGCUGCAGGAACAGGACGGAUCAUAACUUCUGUAACUGAGCAUGAACACCAUGGAGAUGUGGCUGCUGCAGCUUCUCUUCACUUUACUUUGCAGUCCCGGCUGUCUGUCAGUGACAGUGAGCAGCAGUAAAACCAAUGUAGAGGUCCACGAGCACACAGAUGCUCUGCUGUCCUGUGAGUUCAAGACAGAGACAGAACAAAACCCUCGGAUUGAGUGGAAGAAGAGAGGAAAGAGCGUGUCAUACGUCUACUUUGAUAAAAGAUUUAUUGGGCCUUACACAGGACGGGCCACCAUAGAUGGAGCUACCCUGAUGUUGCACUCGGUCACUCAGAAAGAUUCGGGCGAGUAUCGCUGUGAGGUGACCGCCCUCAACGAUCACGUCAAACUGGGAGAGACAACUGUAACUCUCAAUGUGCUGGUGCCUCCUCAUGUGCCGUCCUGUGCGGUGCCGAGCUCCAUGUUCGUGGGCUCAGACCUGGAGCUGCUCUGUAAGGACAAACUGAGCGUUCCUCCUGCCACCUACCGCUGGUACAAAGACAACAAGGCCCUGACAGCCACAGCCGACACGCCGUACGGAAUCGACACCCACACGGGCACACUGAAGUUUAAGAGUGUGUCCAAAACAGACACAGGGAUGUACCGCUGUGAGUCCUCCAACAAUGCGGGAGCGCCCAAGAGUUGUGUAGCCCAACAACUCAAUGUUAAGGACUAUCCCUUGAAUAUGACAGUUUUGAUAGCAGGUGCUGCAGCUUUUCUGAUGCUUGUGGUCUUUUGCUGCAUCUGUGUGUGUGUGUGUCGACGCCGAGGCUGCUGCAGGAAAGAAAAAAGGCUAAAAAGCAACAUGUCCUACAACCCGGCGCCCCCUCCUCCUCCUAGCCGCAACCUCAAGCAUUACAAACAAACUCAGUCCUUCAUGAUCUGAGGUUGAAACACUGAGUCGGACUUCAGAUCAUCCAGAGUCAGGAGGGUUUCCUUAAUGUCCGGCACAACUUUCUUUUGGACGUCUGCUCUCUGCUGCCUUGAACUCAUACACAGUAAUAUCGUCCAAUAUAAGCAAAAUAAGGAUUUCUGCAUAAACCUUGCUGCCUCAUUUAAAUGGCCUUUUAUGUGUUGCCAGUUUGAGAGAGGGAUCUUGUAUCCAAAUCUACUGUAAAUUCAAAUUUAGCUCAACUUUUUUAAAAUUGAUGUGAUAUAUAUUUCAUAACCUUCUUUUUUAGUGUGCUUUUGAAAAUCUUGUUAAAUCUGACUUUUUUUCAUGUUGUUGACUUGUUGUGUUUUGUUUUCAGUUAUUUUGCUCUCAAACGCCACCUAUAGGCUGUUAACUGUAACUAUCCACAACAAUUAGAGUAAAGACUGUAUAUUUCUCGUCACAAAUGAUUGUAGACUUCACAAUGCAUUCACUUAUCUACGUACAGAGAUAUCACUUGUUAUUUUUAUAUAUUUUUAUAAACCUGUUUGUAUGUUUAUCUCAUGUUGAAAUUGUCCUUUGUUAUUCUUGGGUUGUAUAGAUUUUCAUGAUGUGAAUUGAGUGAAAAUUGGGCAGGUGUCUGCAUACACUGAACGGUGCGUUGAAGGCUUUCAAAAUGUUUUGACACUCAAAUAUUUGAUGAGUCCUGAUCAAUAAAGGAAUGUUAAUAAAAAUCAGCACAUCAGGG